AUGUUAUCCGAACACCUUCCAGGCCCCUUUCCUUUGCCAUUCAUCGGAAAUUUGCAUUUGUUGGCAUACAAAAUGAUGAUAAAAAAGAUGGAUCUCACAUCAUCCAUGCGAGAAAUCGUUCAAGAAUACGGCAGUGUGUAUACGUUUUGGUUUGGUCCAGUCGCUACCGUGCACAUAUGCGACUACGUGAGCACCGUGGAAGCAAUGGUAAAGAAUGGAACAUCGUUCGUCAACAGAGCAUUACCGUUUCUCUUCGAAAGUUCAAGAGGAGGACGAGGACUUCUCGCCUCUAACGAUCUUUUCUGGCAGGAACAACGACGUUUUGCUUUGCAUACAUUGAGAAAUUUCGGUUUAGGCAGAAAUAUCCUGGAGGAAAGAAUUAUGUUUGAAUUUGAGUACACGUGCGAAACACUGGAGAAACAAAUGGAAAAUGGUCGAUUAUCAAUACAACCCAACCAUAUAAUCGAUCUUCUUGUUGGGAACAUUAUCAAUAGAAUGCUGUUUACGGAUCGAUUCGAGAAGGAGGAAGAGAAGAGAUUUUUCGUUCUGAAAAACAAAUUGGACAAUCUAUUUGAUAGUUUCAAGCCGUAUGACGUGCUCAUUAACAGAUGGACAGUGAAAUUUCCACUAUUUCAUCGAAGAGCUGACACUUUACUGAAACCGCAAAACGAUCUUCUUGAUUUUCUUGGGGAACAGGUUCAGAGAAGGCGGAAAGCAAUAGCGGACGGUGUACACAUUCUCGAAGGUGAAGGAAACGAUUUUGUCGAUGCUUUUCUCAUUCAGAUGGAAAAAGAUGAGAAGUGUGGAGUGAAGAGGAGUUUUGAUGAAGAGAGCAUAUGUCACACGCUGCUUGAUUUAUGGGCGGCUGGCCAGGAAACCACAGCGACCACGUUGGUUUGGGCGUUUGCCUAUCUUCUCCUGCACAACAAUGUGAAAACCCGCGUCACAGAAGAACUUCGUCAAGCAACCAAAGACAGCAACCGCCCUCUGUCACUAUCUGAUAAAGUCAAAACGCCCUACUUUAAUGCGGUAUUAACAGAAAUAAAUCGAUGCGCAGCAAUCUUCCCCUUGAAUUUAUCGAGAAGAGCCGGCGAGGAUGUAACGAUUGCUGGACACGUAAUACCUAAAGGAACGUCAGUGACCGUACAAAUAUCACUGGUUAUGUCGGAUGAUCAAAAUUUUAAGGAAAGUGUCAAGUUCGACCCUGAUCGAUACCUUAACGGUGAGAAGAUCGAUCAACAAGUUGUUGCUUUCGGGAUAGGGAAAAGAGCGUGCCUAGGUGAAACACUUGCGAGGGCUGAGCUAUAUUUGAUAAUCAGGAACUUCUUGUUACGCUAUGGUCUCUCUGCUGAUCCUUGUCAUAUGCCAUCAAUGUCAGAGAAAUCUCAACUUGGGAUCGUUCGGAAAACAACUCCGUAUCAUAUUGUGUUCAGCCACAUUCAAUGA